CUUUUGAAACUUUUAGCUUUCUUUCUACUUUAUGGGGUCUCUUUCAUGAUGACAGCUAAACUGUCAAACCCAUAUCUCUGAUGGAAUGAAAACUAGGGUUUGUUCACAUUUUUUUAGAGAGAGAGAGAGAAUUUGAUGCAGCAAUAAGGGUUUUUGGUUCUCUUGUACCAACCCGUUGGGCUGUUCGUAAAUUUUGUGGGUUUUGGUUGGUGAGUCGAGUUUAUCAGAUUUUGCGAGUGUAACGCGCUUUAGAUCUAUCUAACUGCUCUAAAAUCGGUGAAUGCUUUACCUUUUAUUGGGAGUAGUCUAAGAGAAAUAUGGGAUCUUUUUUUGCUUGUCAGAAAGAUGAGAUCGAGAGAAAGAAAAUCUAAGGGUACCCAUUUUGAAAGUGAUAGGGAUUAGUCUAAAAAAUUUAGAGGGGAAACCCAAGAUGGAGGAUAUGGGUGACAUUGGUGUUCUUAUUGGGGAGAGUUUCGAUCCUGGUGUGAUGAGAAGGGCUAGGGAACAUGAGUAUGAGAGCAGGUCAGGAAGUGACAACUUGGAAGGCGCAUCGGGCGAUAAUCAGGACACUAGAGGCAAUAAAUCACGUAGGAAAAAGAAGAAGUACCAUCGUCACACUCCCUAUCAAAUUCAAGAACUUGAAGCUUCCUUCAAGGAGAAUCCUCACCCUGAUGAAAAAGCAAGGUUGGAUCUUGGCAAGAAGCUGAGCUUGGAAAGCAAGCAAGUCAAAUUUUGGUUUCAGAACAGACGAACCCAAAUGAAGAACCAAUUGGAACGUCAUGAGAAUUCAAUUCUUAAACAAGAACAUGAUAAGCUCCGAAUUGAGAAUAUGGCAAUCAAAGAAGCAAUGAGGAACCCAAUUUGCAGUAAUUGUGGAGGCCCGGCAAUUCUUGGCGAGAUAUCUCUUGAGGAACACCAUCUGAGGAUUGAGAAUGCCCGGUUAAGGGAUGAGCUCAAUAGGAUAUGUGUCCUAGCAGACAGAUUUUUAGGCAGGCCAUUGCCAUCCUUAGCCGGCUCUAUCCCUGCUGGCUUGGAACUUGCAGUGGGACGGAAUGGCUUUGGCGGUUUAAGUUCAGUAGACACUGCAUUGCCAAUGGGACUUGAUUUUAGCAAUGGGGCUUCAAAUGCUUUGCCUGUGUUUCCCCCAUCAAGGCCAGAAGUUGGCACGCCCUGCUUUGAUAUUCCAUUUGAAAGAUCUAUGUUUCCAGAGCUUGCAUUGGCUGCAAUGGAUGAGUUGGUGAAACUGGCUCAGAUAGAUAAUCCGCUCUGGUUCAAAAGCAUAGAUGGAGGGGGAGAAGCACUGAACCUUGAUGAGUACAUGAGGACAUUUCGUCCAUGUAUUGAUAUGAAACCCAGUGGGUUUAUAACUGAAGCUACAAAGGCAACUGGUACAGUUAUCAUCAAUAGCAUGGCCCUUGUCCAGACAUUAAUGGACGCAGAUCGAUGGGUGGAAAUGUUCCCUUGCAUGGUUGGGAGAGCUACAACUCUUGAUGUGAUUUCCAACGGCAUGGGUGGAACCAGAAAUGGUGCUUUGCAACUGAUGUAUGCCGAGCUCCAAGUUCCUUCACCAUUGGUCCCAGUUCGUCAAAUGAAGUUUCUGCGGUUCUGCAAGCAGCAUGCGGAGGGGGUGUGGGCUGUGGUUGAUGUGUCGAUUGACACUAUUCGAGAAGGUUCGAAUGCACACACAUUUGUGAAUUGCAGGAGGCUUCCUUCUGGCUUUAUUGUGCUAGAUAUUCCUAAUGGUUAUUCCAAGGUUACCUGGGUUGAACAUUCAGAGUAUGAUGAGAGUGCUGUCCACCAACUUUAUCAGCCAUUAGUCAGGUCGGGCAUGGGCUUUGGUGCAGAAAGAUGGGUUGCCACCCUCCAACGGCAAUGUGAGGGCUUGGCAGUCCUGAUGUCGUCCUCCAUAUCCAGUGAUGAUCAUGCAGUAAUCACUCCAAACGGCAGGAGAAGUGUGGCAAAUCUGGCACAGCGUAUGACUCGUAACUUCUGUUCUGGGAUUUGUGCCACUGUGCACCAGUGGGAGGUUGUCCAAGUUGGAAGUGUGGGUGAAGAUGUGAGGUUGAUGGUACGGAAGAGCGUUGGUAACUCUGGUGAGCCCCCUGGGGUUGUUUUGAGUGCUACGACGGCUGUUUGGAUGCCUGUGUCGCAUCAACGUUUGUUUGAUUUCUUGCGCAAUGAACAGCUUAGGAGGCAGUGGGAUGUUUUGUCUCCCGAUGGUCCCAUGCAACAUAUGGUCCACAUUGCUAAGGGCCAGGAUCACGGCAAUAGCAUUUAUCUUCUUCGUGCUAGUGCCACAGAUGCUUCUGCAAAUCAGAACAGCAUGGUGAUUUUGCAAGAGACAUGCACGGAUGCGUCAGGAUCACUCAUCGUAUAUGCAGCAGUUGACAUGCCAGCAAUGAAUGUGGUGAUCAAUGGAGGAGAUUCUUACUGUGUGGCUUUCUUUCCUUCAGGAUUUGCCAUAGUGCCAGACUGUGUUCCUGAUUCUGGCGGGCCUGACAACUGCAACGGAACUUUGACCAAAGAAGACAGUAGGGUGGCAGCAAUGGAUCCCUACUGA